CAACACCAAUUGUAAGGCGUCCGUGCGGUUGUCUGAUUUUCGCUCCAAUCUACGAUUCUCUUUUUCAAUGCAAACUCAAGGAAAUCGACGUUCAGUCAUGGAAAGCAUUACUGAUCAAGCUCGCCGGCGGCAGAAGUACCAGAAAUUGCUGGAGACUGCCAAUGAGAUAAAUGAGACCAUGGAAGGAUCAGAGCUGCUGGAUGUAAUAACGAGGGUGCAGAAGCUCAUGCGCCAGGGCAAUGAGGUGUGGAAUGAGCAGGGUGAUGAUGAUAAGGACAGGACCGCUGCGGAAGUUGCCAUGGAUCUGCAAGUGUUUAAAGUGAGCAACGAAAUCAUAGCCAAAUCGCUGAAGACCAAAGGACUGUCGCAGUUCAAUGAGAAUGAGUUCACGAAUGCCCUGAAGGAGUUACUUAUAGACUCGAAUGGUGUGUGGUACUGGAACAGAUUGGCUCCCGUGUGGGGAAAGCAGAUGAAGGUGGCAUCCAAUGCAGCAAUUCCUCUGCUGGGCACUUUCGGAGAGAUUCCCGCUGAGCAGGAGAAAGUAGUGAAAGAGCGCGCCAAGCGCAAGAGAAACAUAAUGACUGAAGAGAAGAAGCCAGAGAAUAUAGACAAGCUGCAGCAGACAACAAAGGGUGGCCAGAGAGUUAAUGAAGUAAUGAGGCAAAUUACGAAGAUCUACAACGAGCGAGGACGCAAAGAGAUUCCCUAUUUUGAGCUCGUUUGCGAUCCUGAAAACUUCGUAAAGUCCGUGGAGAACGCAUUCCAGGUAUCCUUCCUCUGUCGCGAAGGCCUCCUGGACAUAAUAGACGACGAAGAUGAGGAGGGAUACGCAUAUGUGAAGCCGAUGGCUAAGAAGAACGACUCUCAGAUCGUUACGGAAACCACCCAGGCCAUUAGCUCGCUCACCCACGACGUGUGGAAGCAGUCCAUCGGCAAGUACAAUAUUAAGAAGUCUCUCCUCGCCGAUGUUAUUGAGUCCAACACGCCUGGGACUUCCCAAUCCAAGGUUUCCAGGCUGCACUAG